GAUCAAACAUUUAAUUUAAAAAAUGGUAAUGCCGCCGAUAAGAAAGAGAAGAAGAACGGAUAGAAAGUCACGUUCAUGGAAAUCUGUUUCAAAUUCUUCACCUUACAUUUAUGAAGUAGAAGAUAUACUGAAAUACAGACAGAUUGAGAGUAAAAACAAUGAUUCAAUAAUCCCAAUACAAGUAUUGAUUAAAUGGAGUGGCUAUGACGAUAGCUACAACACUUGGGAGCCAAUUGAAAAUCUUGAAGCCUGUCUAGUAUUUAAAGAAUUUGUCGAAAAUAAAUUUCGGACCAUGGAAACUGACAUUUUUGUAACUGUUGCUAAUAUCAAACAGAGACUAAAGAAAAGAAUUCGGGAAACUGUUACUCAUAAAACUGAAGCAAUGCUUGAAAUGAUGCCAUUUGAUCCUUUUGAAUACAAAGUAAUGCAAGUUUUCUUCCACCUAGUUGAACCAAAAGAAACAUUUCGUCAAAUACUUGAAGAGCAUGUUUUUAAAAAUUAUUUCUUCAAGCUUGAUCAAGUUCAACGUAUUAAAAACGAUGAACUUCUCGAAAAAAUCAGAAAGAAAGAAGACAUCGAAGUUAGAAUUGAAAAUGAGGAAAAUUUUGAUAAUCCACCUGAAUUUCAUUACAUUCUGAAGAAUUUUCUUACUGAUGAAAUGUAUGUUAUAGAAAACAACAGCGUUGCUGGGUGCAGCUGCAAGGACUGUGGAAUAGAUUCUGAAUGCUGCCCAAAGUUAUGCAGAGAAUUCUUCCCGUAUAAGAAAAACAAGAAAGGCAUGACCAAACUACGUUUAAAUAAAGCAGAUAAAAUUUAUGAAUGCGGUGAUCUUUGUGCUUGCGGUCCUGAUUGUAUAAAUCGACUCACACAACAACGAAAAACAGUCGAUGUUUGUUUGUUCAUGACAAAAGAUCGGGGCUGGGGAUUAAAAACUAUAAAUGAUGUUUCGAAAGGAACAUACAUCAUCGAAUAUGUUGGCGAAUUAAUCGGUCAAUAUGAAGCCAAUCGCAGAGCCGAAACAUCAUAUUUAUUUGACAUGAACGUAGACAAAUUAGCAGAUAAUCGCUUUUAUACAAUUGAUGCAUAUGAAUAUGGAAAUUUGGCUCGUUUCAUCAAUCACUCUUGUGAACCAAAUUCCAAGAUUUGGUACAUAAGUAACUGCCAGAAAGAUCCAAAGAAUCUCAAGUUAUGUGUUUUUGCUGACAAAUUAAUUCCGAAAGAUACUGAGAUUACUAUAGAUUAUUCAGGUGAGAUUUCAAAAUUACGAUCAAAGUCACUUCUUUUUGAUGUUGUGAUAAAGUCAGAUGGAAGAACCUUUCAAGCUCACAAACUGCUUCUUGCGGCAAGUUGUGAAUACUUUCAAGCCAUGUUUUCAAAAAGUAUGAUGGAAUCAAAACAAACUGAAAUAACAAUCAAUGGAAUAUCCGGUGGAAUUGAAUUUAUUUUGGAUUUCAUUUACACUGCCAAGUUAGAAUUAACACUGCUGAAUGUUCAAGAAAUUCUCUCUGCUGCCAAUUACUUUCAACUAUCGACUGUCCUUACUGCUUGCCUUAACUUCCUUGAAAUGGAACUUGACACCGAGAAUUGUGUUGACAUGCUUAUCAUCGCUGAAAAUUAUUCAUUAACAUCACUACAUGAGAAGAUCUUGAAAUUUAUUUGCGCUCAUAUCAUGGAAAUAUCAAAAGGAAAUGAUUUCUUUCGACUUCAAGGCCAGCAAUUAGAGCAACUCUUAUCCAGUGACUUGCCAGUUGACUGCAGUGAAGUGGAAAUUCUUAAAAUAAUUCUCACUUGGAUACUUAAAUGUGAUAAAAAUUUUGACUGCGUUUGGAUGUUUCGUCAUCUAAACUUUCAUGAUAUACCAGUGAAUGAAGUGGAAAAAGUUCUGAAAACUUUGGAAAUUAAACGAUCAGAUGAACUUUAUCAUCAUGUUUGGUCUUUAGUUGUUUCACAAACAAUUUCACAAGUUGAAAGUGAUCAUAAGUUACUGAAUCGUCGGGGAUUAGAGCUGGCGAUUAUUAAGAUUGGUGGCUUUGAAUUGACAGGAAUUACAAAUGAGAUUACGUACUCCUUUCCAAUUGGAACUGAUUCGCCAUCGAUUCAAGAGCCAUGGCGAUAUUUGACAGAAAUUCCACAUGUUAAGCAAGGUUCGUUCGGAAUUUCAGUUUUAAACAAUUGUAUUUAUGUGAUUGGAGGAAGUUAUGACAUCAGUUUGGAUAAUGAAGAUAUUCAUCCAUUCGGUUUCAAAUACAACCCACUCUCAUCCGAAUGGAGCACAAUUAAACCAAUGAACUUUGAUCGUUGUCGAUUUUCAUUAAAUGUUUUAGAAGAUUCAUUGAUUGCUGUUGGUGGCCAUUCUGAAGGAGAUUCACAGAGAAUGGUUGAAGAUAUUAAUGUGGCAACUGUGGAGAAAUAUGAUCCAUUGACAGACAAUUGGAUAAUGCGAAGUUCAAUGCCACAAUAUCGAUCACAACAUGCUGGUGCAACAUAUAAAGAGAAACUUUACAUAUCUGGUGGAAUUGAUCAAUAUGGAUCAGUCAUUAGCUCUUUAUAUGAAUAUUCUUUGACAACUGAUUGUUGGACCAAAGUUUCCACAAUGACACCAAGAGCUGAUCAUGUGAUGUUGAGAGUCGGAAAGAAAAUUUACAUUUGUGGUGGAUGGGAAGAUUUUGAUGGUCAUAGACGGCUGGUACCGGCAAUCGACUGUUUUGAUAUUGAUUCAGAAACAGUAACAAUUGUUUCUUAUAUUCCAACGCCAAGAUAUCACACUGGAAUUACCAUGGUUAAUAACAAAAUUUAUUUUAUUGGCGGAUUUGCAGCUGACGAUAUCUUUCGUCAUACAGCUACAAAGGUUGAGAUUUAUGAUAUCAUCAGUGAUAAAUGGUAUUUUCCCGAGAAUUAUCCAAAGCAUAUUUGGGAACAUAUUUUGACGACGAUUUACAUUCCAAAAGAAAGAAAUGAAGGUUUUUCAUCGAAAUUGACGAAAUAAUUAAGUCAUAAGAUUCAUAUUCGAAUAUUUAUUACGAUUAUAAUGACAAUUAAAUAUCCAUAAAUAAAUUGAAUGAUUUUUAUUCGCC